CAGAUAAGAUUACAAGCAAACUCGACCAAUAUUGCCGAACAUUCAUUUAAUAUAUCAUUUUUUUGAGUCAACUUGAUCUACGGACCGCGUGCCGGCGACCGUCCUAAAAUCCGACAGAAAUUAAAAAAUAAAACAAUAGUUCUUGACAAUUUCAUUAAUAGUAAAAGUGAUAAUAAAUAAGGCUGGUGAAGUCGCGACAUAAGGAAAAAGUUGGGAGAAGGGAUAAUAAUAGUGAUAUAUUUCGCGAAGUGUUGGGUGAACUGCAUAUAGUACAUGAUGAAGAUAUUUUUAGUGUCUAUCAUUGCGGUUCUGUCUAUUGUAGGCGGAGUUUCUGCGCAGACUACCCAAGAUGUAUCACUUCAAAAUCAAACAGUAAAUGAAUUUGAUGGGAUAAAUAAUUCAUCAGAAGAGACCACAUUGUCGGUAUCAUCCUCAGAAAAGAAUGAAACGCAAGACACUGAAUCUGGUUGUGAUAAAUCAAUUGGCUGUAGCACGACAGAACUUUAUGGCCAGAAUUUGAAUGAUACGAAUUCGACAGUUACUUCUAAUAUGAUCGCUGAUACUACGAUGUCUACAAGUGAUGAUACUAUUAAUAGUGCAGAAAUUAAUUCGACUGAAAGUUCAGAAGUUGCUGAAACUGAUGAAUCUGAAGAGCAAACCAGUGAAACACCUAUGGAUCAAACAAAUUCAAGUACAAUUGUUACAGAAGAACCAAUUAUUGAAACGAAAGUGUCCGAUGAAAAUUUGGCUCCAAACGUGGUAGACACUAUGUCUAGAAAAGUUUCAGACAGCGAUGAUGAAGCAAUCUCGGAAAUCGCGGAAAUACCAGUAGUUGUUACUGAAAAUAUCAUUGAGGAAAAAGUAGUCAAAACUAAAAUUGAGGAAGUGGAGUCUACCGUCGCAACAAAAAUCGACAUUGAAAGUAAAUCGGAAGAUAUGAAAAUAGCACCUUCUAUUCUAACGAAAACUGAAAAAGAACAAAUUUUGGAAGAAAAAGAUGAGGGUGAAGUAAUGCAAGCAUCUGCUGUUGGGGGUGGUACAGCGCUCGAUACUAUACUUAUUGGUGUAAUUCUGGUCGUGAUUGGGGUGGUAAUAGCUGCAGUUGUUAUCAAAAAGAGUUGGCCCAAAAUCAGGAGAAGCAUGGGAAAUGGUGGAAACAGACAAAAUCGACAGCAGCACGAACCACCAUUGCCCGAAGAAAUGCCUCUGAAUAAAGUCUGAUCUUCUUACCAGAGAAUGUAACAAAAACGGACGAAGAAUUCAGGAUUUUACAUUCCAAAACAAAAUUAACUGAGGCAAAUUUUUUAGGAAGCAAAAAUUUUCAGGAAAAUAUUUUUCUGAUUCUAGAGUCAUUUAUUUUUAAUGGUAUUUUAAUUUAUAUUUUAUG